UCUCGGCGCCACGCAUUUUUUUUUCACUUCUCUUUUGCGAGGAAGACAGAGAGCCGGAGCCGCCACCUGACCUGCCUCGCGCCGCCGCAUCGCCGCCGCCUCCAUGGCCGUCUCGGGCUCUCUGCACCUCCAGAUCGCCUCCGCCGCCUUCGAGUGCCGCUCCGAUCCGGACUUCCGGAGCCCGCCCAGGCCGGAGAGCGCCGGCCACGGCCGGUUCAGCUGCCGGCCCGACUCGGCGAGGCGGGCGGCGCUGUCGUCCGGCGGCCUGUCGUCUCUGAUCUUCCGCUUCCCCCCGAACUUCGUGCGCCAGCUAAGCACCAAGGCCCGGAGGAACUGCAGCAACAUCGGUGUCGCCCAGGUGGUGGCCGCGUCGUGGUCGAACAACAACGGCCCCGCCCCCUCUGCCUCCGCCGCUCCGGGCGGAGGCGCUCCAUCCCCCGCGGCGGCCAUAGCCGGCGCUGCGGCCGCGCCGGUUGUUCCGGCGCUGGACUUCGUGGCCGGCGGGGAGGCGCUGGCGGUGGACGGGGACGUGCUGUCCGAGGAUUUGGGCACGCACGGGGAGUCUUCGUUUUUGAGCUCCGAUGGGAGUCUCGCGGUUCACGCAGGUGAGAGAUUAGGACGCGGCAUUGUCACCGAUGCAAUUACCACACCUGUGGUCAACACUUCUGCUUAUUUCUUUAAGAAAACUGCUGAGCUAAUUGAUUUCAAGGAAAAACGCCGUGCAAGUUUUGAGUAUGGGCGAUAUGGGAAUCCAACCACAGUUGUGGCAGAAGAGAAAAUCAGUGCUCUUGAGGGGGCUGAAUCAACGCUGAUUAUGGCCUCUGGGAUGUGUGCAAGCACAGUUUUGUUAAUGGCAUUGGUUCCAGCUGGAGGACACAUUGUGACCACCACAGACUGCUACAGGAAGACCAGGAUAUUCAUCGAAACUAUUCUUCCCAGAAUGGGAAUCACGGCUACGGUUAUUGACCCAGCAGAUAUAGAUGGCCUGAAGUCUGCACUUGAGAAGAAUAAAGUUUCUCUUUUCUUCACAGAGUCACCCACCAAUCCUUUAUUCAGAUGUGUAGAUAUCAAGUUGGUCUCUGACCUUUGCCACAGUAAAGGAGCUUUGGUCUGCAUUGAUGGCACUUUUGCGACACCUUUGAACCAGAAAGUUCUGGCCCUUGGAGCAGAUUUGGUUUUGCACUCGGCUACCAAAUUCAUUGGAGGGCACAAUGAUGUCCUUGCUGGUUGCAUUAGUGGCUCGCUGAAAUUGAUUACGGAAAUUCGUAAUUUGCAUCAUGUUCUUGGCGGUGCUCUCAACCCUAAUGCUGCUUACCUGAUUAUCCGUGGCAUGAAGACUCUACAUCUUCGUGUACAGCAACAAAACUCAACGGCGCAGAGGAUGGCCGAGAUUUUAGAGGCACAUCCUAAGGUGAAGCGUGUCUACUAUCCAGGCUUGCCCAGUCAUCCUGAACAUCACAUAGCCAAGAAACAAAUGACAGGCUUUGGUGGUGUUGUUAGCUUUGAGAUUGAUGGAGACUUAAUGACCACCAUUAAGUUUGUGGAUGCUCUAAAAAUCCCUUAUAUUGCCCCGUCAUUUGGUGGCUGUGAGAGCAUUGUGGACCAACCGGCCAUUAUGUCUUACUGGGACCUGAGCCAAGCGGAGAGGGUCAAGAUCGGGAUUAGCGAUAACUUGGUGAGGUUCAGUUUCGGGGUCGAAGACUUCGAAGAUUUGAAGGCUGACGUUCUUCAGGCACUGGAGGCCAUAUAGUGGGCAUGCACCCACCUGCAACUGCGCUCUUAUUUUUGUGUCUUUGUUUCUGUUUGGUGUUUCAAUUGGCUUUCGAUAACCAAAUCUGUCUUUCGGCUAAUAUUCUCUUUUGAUGAAACUUGGCAUAACUAUAGCCAUUCUUUAGAUGUGACCGUUUGUUUUCAGCG